ACUGAUAAGACCGAGAUAAAACUGGCUCUUAAUUAGGCUAUACUUUAGUCCUUUAGAUGCAAAUCAAAUCACUUAUUAGUAUUUGUUGAGAAGAAUUUAAAGUUUGAAGUUUCAGUCAAACAACAAAUCACUUCAUUUGUUAUCAACGAAUACAAUGAAAGGGAAGACAAUCGUCGGCUCCACCAUUGCCAAGGAGUUUAUUGAAGAACUAGCGAAGACUAUCACAGAGUAUAAGAUUGAGGUAAAACUGGUGGCAUUUCUGGCCAAUAAGGACCCGUCGGCUGAAAAGUACGCCGAAGUGACGGCCAAAGCGUGCGCUGAGACGGGAGUGAAGUAUGAGUUGAGGAAAAUAAAUCGCGAAGAACUCGAGGACACC